GCUAUCCUGAAGGCCAUCCUGAUUCUGAUAAUAAAGCUCAAGAUUUACGAUAUCUCAAAGAAAAGGUUGAUGCUGGUGCUGAUUUUAUCAUCACACAAUUAUUUUAUGAUGUGGAUUUGUUUAUAGAAUGGGAGAAAGAAUGUCGUAAAAUUGGUAUAACUGUGCCCAUUAUUCCUGGUAUUAUGCCAAUUCAGGGUUAUAACAGCUUUCGGAGAGUUACAAAUCUUUGUAAAAUAAAUAUACCAGCAAAUGUAUCAAAAGCUUUGGAACAAAUUAAGCACGAUGAUCAAGCUGUAAAAGAUUAUGGCGUGUCACUCGCAAUAAUUAUGAUCACUACAUUAUAUGAACAAUAUAACGUUAAAGGGUUCCACUUUUGUACAUUGAAUUUGGAAAAAUCCGUACGGUUAAUAUUAGAAAAAAUGAGAUUUGUACCAACAGAGGAAGAAAGAAAUUUGAGACGCUCUAAUAAACGAAGACCUAGCAUUGGAUUCGUCACUAAUGACAUUAUUAGACAGGAACCUGAUGGAUCGUUGCCUGCCGCAAAACCUAUUAUAUGGAAAGAACAGAGUGAAGACUAUUGGGGGCGAUCGGAUGAUUGGGAUAAUUUUCCAAAUGGUCGUUGGGGCAAUUCAAAAUCACCUGCAUUCGGGGAAUUGGAUGUUUACGGAACGUCUUUGAGGAUUUCAAAAGACCAAGCUCUGGAAUAUUGGCGAGAACCUAAAACUAUAGCUGAUAUUAUUCAGAUUUUCAAGUCAUAUAUUUUAUGUGAAAUACCUGUAUUUCCUUGGUCUGAGGAACCUUUGUCAGAAGAAACAGAAGCAAUUCGUCCAAAUCUUAUUAAACUUAAUGAAUUUGGUUAUUUAACAGUAAGUUCACAACCAGCUGUUAAUGGAGUUAGAAGUGAUGAUGUAAACUUUGGUUGGGGUCCAAAGGGUGGAUAUAUAUAUCAAAAAUUUUUCGUUGAAUUUUUUGUAAGCCCAGAAAUGUUUGAUAAAUUAAUUAAAGUGAUCGAUGAUAAUUGCUGGGUUACAUAUUAUGCUGCAAGGAGGAACGAUGAGUUCAAAAAAAAUAUGAAAGAAGAAACAUCCGCUGCUGUCACAUGGGGUGUGUUUCCUGGUAAGGAAAUUGUUCAACCAACCAUCAUUGAAGAAGUAUCAUUCAAGGCUUGGAAAGAAGUGGCUUUUGAAUUAUGGUCUGAAUGGGAACGUCUAUAUCCAAAAGAUUCGAUAACACAAAAAUUAUUAAAAGAUAUAGGUGAUAAUUGGUGGUUGGUUAAUCUUGUAUAUAAUGAUUAUGUAAACCCAGAAGGCGUUUGGAAAAUUUUUUUUGGCAAUGAGUAA